UUCCCUCGACGCUGGACACCGAGAAGCGCUUUGAGGCGUCGAGGUCAUCGCCACAUCGACCUCGCGCGUCGCAUCGCGUCGCGCGCGCCCCCACGCUCGCGUCAUCGCAAAAGUUUGUGUCGCCAACGGUAAUCCACCACCGUCGCCAUGGCGUCCGAAGAUUCGCGCGCCUUGAAGGUUGCGCUCGCGAGUGCCGCCGUCGCGAGCACUGGUCUCGCUCUCGCCCUCGCGAGCGCGUCGGUGUACGCGUCUUACUUUGCCCGAGACGCGCGCGGUGGAUCGAUGAAGAAGAAAAAGCUCGCGCACGAGACGUGGUACGCGGCGACGGACCAAGACGGACGCAUCGCGUCGCUCGCGGAAGUGCGCAAAGGCGCGCUCGAUGGAGGAAUUCCGCACUCGUUGCGAGCGGAGGUGUGGCCGGUGUUGCUUGGGGUGCGGAAAUGCUCGAACACGAGCGUGGAGCACGAGCAAGGGAAACGAUCGAGACGCGAGCAAUACGGCGAGUUUCUAAGGCGAUGCGCAGAGCUGGAGGGGUGGCUUACAAAACCGGUCAAAGGAUUGGCGAAUUUGCCGAGCGAUCUCGCAUCGUUCACUGAGGCGUCGAGGAUCAUCGCUGCAGACGCGCCGCGGACGACGUUCACCUACGGUACGUUCGCGCGGGAUUGGGAGAGCGGGAUCCUGAGCGGCGACGACGAAGACGAAUUGAAGAUGGAAUGGAGACUGGCGCAACGUCAACGCUUGACGAGAAUUCUGGAGGCGUACGCUAUUUUGGAUCCAGUGAUAGGCUAUACGCAAGGAAUGAACGAUUUAGCCGCGGUAUUUCUUCGCGAUAUUAGUAACGAGUCCGAGGCGUUUUGGUGCUUUGCGAAAUUUAUGGGAGGUUCGUAUCGAUGUCACUUUCUCAUCAAUCCGCACGAGAGCGCGCCGUCGGCGUCGAAAGGUCAAGAGGGCGUGAGCGAUCGAUUGCGAGUGCUGAGUGAGAUAAUUAGAAUUGCAGAUCCACCUCUGCAUAAGCACUUGAAGUUUCUCAACGCGCAGGAGUGCAUGUUUGCUUUUAGACCCGUCGUCGUGUUGAUGUCGCGAGAACUCGCCGACGCCGAGAUUGGUCUUUUGUGGGACAUGUUGAUUGCCGGCGGCGAUCACGAACCCACAUCCAGAGCCAACGGCACACUCGCAGGAGGUGGCGCGAGACUGUUCCUACACGUCGUCGCCGCGGCUUUGGUGAGCAUGCGUUCGCAGGUCAUGGCGUGCAAAAAGAACGACGACUUGAUGCAGCUCGUCGCUCGAAAGCUUCCAGCCCGAAAAUUUACCGCCCACGAGCUCGUGCGCAAAGCCAUGGAUCUGAUGAAGACGACGAAAGGAUUAGGCGAAGCCAUCGAAGUGGCGUCGCGCGCGUCCAUCGCCCUCGAAGGGUUGUAA